AUGAGAAAAUCACACAUGAUAUCACUAACCUUGUUUUACACACUGUUUUGGAUGUGUAUUGCUAUAAAGAAAUCAAUUUCUCAACCCCUGGAUGAAAUAAACAAAAAUGAGAAGAAAGGAGGACAGAAAGAAAACAUAAAACUGGGAAUUAAUGGUUAUAGUGGUAAAAUCUUUAGAAAUAGAGUUAAAAGAUGUAUACCUCAACAAUUUCAAAACGUUGAACUCACUGUUCCAGACGAAACUCCAAAGUACCAAACCAUGAAGGAAGAUGUGUCUGUAAGCACAUUCGAGAGUGUAAGUGAUGAUGCUAAAGAUGAAAUCAGGAUCGAUCUUGGAGACCCACUAGUUCCAAAUAAAGAAUCUCAAAAAGAUAACUCAGGAAAACAGGUAGUGAAGGAUUCAUUGGUAAGGAAAUUCAUAAAAUGUAUAAUCGGGAGAACCGGGUCAGAAGAAAGUGUUAUUUACCUUAAAGCCUAUGAACAAAAUAAGGAAGAUGAAUGUUUAAUUAGGAAUAAUAAAACAAAAGAGAAUCCCGAAGAAUGUGCGAAGGCAAAAAAACAAGUAAAAAUAAAUGUACAGAUCGAAAACGAAAAGGAAAUCAGCCGAGAGAAGGAAAUAUUUAUUAGUCAAAAAUCUGGAAUUCAAACGAGAAUCACAACAGUUAGAAGUUAUGAAGACGCAAAUGAAGAACUGGCAGUACCGGGACCUUCCAGAGCUAUUGUGAGAGUAUUCCCAAGCAUAGAAGCCAUGGAAAAGGCGAUGCAAAAGAGAGAUAGGAAAUAUCACAAAGAUGGCUUUGAUUAG